AUGUUGGACCGUCGAUCUGAGAUGCGAACAUGGCAAAAUAAACUCUAUAAUUUGCAACGAGAAGCUCCUAAGCCUUUCCCGGUAGAAUGCACGGAACCCUUGGAGCACGUUCCCGAGCAGUACGGCUCUGCUUAUCACGGUCCUUUAAGUCGUCAGGGCACCGAGGAAUUGCUGGAUGGACAACCCUCUGGAGCUUACCUUAUUCGCGAUAGCCAACGAGCGGACGGUGCCUACACCCUAGCAAUACGAUUUGAUGAUUCAACUAAAAAUUAUAAAUUAUUCUAUGACUUCAAUAAAAAAUUACAUUACGUUGGUGAAAAGAAAUUCGAAUCUGUGGAUUUGUUAGUUGCUGAUGGGUUAAUUUACCUCUAUAUCGAAACCCGUGGGGCCGAUAUUUUGCAAAAACUUUCAGAAGCUAGUAAUUAUGAACAUUCUCCUUACUACCGGACCCGAUAUCAUACUGUUAAUGCAGUUCCCCCAUCAAAUCGACCGUCCGUUUCCGCUGUGUCUGGAAAUAAAAUUGUUCCACCUCGAAGACAGUCUUCCUUAGAGCUUCUUGACACCCAUAAUCACUGGAAUCAGUCAAAUAGUAUCUCCCAUCAUCCACUUCAAACUCCUCCCAAACCGCCAACACCAAUUUCAAGUAGACAGUCUUCUGCUAAACAACAGUCAAUCGAGGAUAGUUCCACUAUAGCGACAGAGGCAGCAACGAUUUCUGUUCCUAUAGAUGCUGAUGAGGGGAUUUCUAAUGGAGAUGUUUUGCUCACGGAUUCCAUCGAAAAGAAAUCUCUUCUGUCAGAUAAAUCGGCUCGAAGUACGUCUUUACCCUUCACAAAGCCCUCACGGAAUGAUCAAUCGAAACACGAUACAACUGACUCAGUGGCCGUGGAGAGUAGUGGAAGUAGUAGCGGUCAUGCAAGCCUCAAAUCUCGACAAUCAGACAAUCAGGAUGUGUUUGCCAUUGAUGAUACAGAGACACGGCGAAAGAAAUUUAUCGGUGGAGGGAAUGCACAUCACCGAACACUGGCCUCCACACUCCCUGUGAGUUUAGAUGGGACAAUGAAUCCUCAGUUGCCACCCUCGCCGUUGCCGCUGACGUCUGUACCCCUAUCGGCGCAUCAUCUGGCCUUUCCGGAUGUUGAGAAGGCUCACAAUUUCAGGGUGCAUACUUUCAGGGGACCGCAUUGGUGUGAUUUCUGUACACACUUUAUUUGGGGUCUGGUUUCUCAAGGCGUCAAAUGUACAGACUGUGGAUUUCAGGUAAGCUUAUACUACCCUUAUAUAUUAUUUAGUAAAUACCAUACAAAAUAG